CAUUGCAAUACCUGCAGCUCGCAGCGCAAACGUCGGAGGAACGAUAUAAAUGUGUUGACACGUGCUGACCGUCAACUUUAUGCACACAGUUCCGCUGUGGUGAGAUUCAAUUUCAAGCCUUCUGUCUCGCGUCAUUCCUUCCACCUUAUCCGAUAAUUCUAGCCUCAAAGUUAUUGACACAUUUCGGACUCACUUAGUCUUUAGAAUUAUGACGUGUGCUUCUUCAUUGUUCAAUUCAACUGUGCAGUAUGGUAGUGAUUAGGGCCUGCCCUGUAUGUCCCAAGGUGUUUGCCUUCUGUUAUACGUCAUAACACAAAAAAGGUCAGUGUGAAGCAGUGUGUGUGUGUGAAGCAGCAGCAGCUGCAGCAGUACUAGCAGCCAUUAAUGUCGUAUACCAGACACACAGUGACAGUGUUUCACGUUCAAGUAGCUGUUCAAGGCUUGUGCUCCAAAAUCGUUAUGGCCCUGUUGUCUCUCAUGAUCAAUAGCAGUGAUGCGAAAAGAAGAACUUCCUUGCCAUCGUCAACGAGUGCGUCCGGAACUUGUAGCAGCCAUGAAGAACAGUCUGGCGCACGAUCUGAAUCCCCAGAUUCAGGGGUCGAUGACGCCAACCUUCUUCAAGAACCUUCCCCUACCCGUCGUGGCGAAACUAGUCACGCGUCUGCAAGAACGGAAAGGAGCAGCACGGUUCAGCGAAGCCAUCCUGCAAACACAUCAGAUUCAGUUGGUCCCAGGGUGGCAGCAUCUAUCCUUCAACCCAAAGAUAAGAAGAAGCAAACCCGGGUGAGAGCUCCAGCAGGAAUGCCCGAAAAACAAGCGAAGGUAUGGCGAAGGAGUCGUGCAAGUGGUAGGGAACUAGCCCGCAUACAUGCGCUUGCUGAUGCUUUAGAGGACCUUAGAGCGAUUGUUCCUAAAUCACUUGAUGAAGAGAAAGCAACGAAGGUGAAGCUACUCCGUCAAGCUUCGAGCUACAUUCAGCUUCUGGGAGAAAUGCUAGAGGCCCCUCCCGGCCCUGAUGCCUCCAGUACUGCUGCAAUAUGUAGUGAUACAGGCGAUGACGCCAUGAGUGAGCCACAUAGUGAUCCCCGUCAUCAGUUUGCCUCCACAACCAGCCUGAUGCAGCUGGGGGGCGUUAGCUCUCUUGGCAGCUUCAACAAUGUCGCUGCUGCAAUGGAGGAACAUCACAAACAAUCCGAACAACAUGAUGACGAGUCCCCACACGACAUUGAAGAUGAUCAGCGUUCGGAGAGCACAACGAACAGUGGUGGACUACUCAAAGAAAAGCAACCCCGUCACCUGCAGCCUCCCUCAGCCCCCGCUGCAGCACUCCAGCAACACAGCAGUGCUGUCAUGAAUACGGAAAGUACAUCAUGGGAGAGUAAGAAGGAAGCACUGCUUGACAUGCAACGUAAAUUAGAAGAACGGCAGCAACUGCUAAGCCUAGCAACACAGCCAGCGCUGCAACCACCGGCCGUUGCCAGUGCAGCGUUUGCAUCAGCACCUCCUGGUGGCAGUGUGCCUGUGUUACAGGUGGCACAGUCCUACCAUCCCAAUCAUUUGACUCUUUCUGCUCCCACGGCUAGAACUCCGCCCGUGGAUUUCCUCUCCAGCAUUCAAAGUCCCAUCAUACCAAUUGCCCCCUCGCCAUGGAGUGUCUCACAAGCCUCACAUCCCGCCGGCUAUGAGGUCCAAUCCCGUCCCAUCACUUUGUCCACUGGGCCACCGUACACCCAGCUACAGCAGCCAUCUCCCCACCACCCGAACAUCUACCACCUAGCCAGCACGACUGCUGCUUCUCAGCCUGUUCACCGGAGCAUGGCGACCGGCACCGCUGCAAACACACCUACUCAGGGCUUAUCCUUACCGGCGAUCCAGUUUCCGGCAGGAGGAGCUACGGCUUCUUUUCAAUCGCCCACACGUGCUGUGAUGAUGGCCCCUGGCUUAUACCCGGCUGCUGCCCAUGCCACUGGUCAACCUGGCACUAUACAGGUGUCUCCGGGUUUCGGCAUUCAAGCAAAUGCACAGACUGGCAUGCUAGCCUGGCAGAUGCCCAGCACUGGCCAAAGACUGUACUAACGACAGUUCCAAGACAAAGCAAGUUUCAAACCAUACGGACAUGAUUGCGAUAUCCAUGACUAUGUACAAUGUAUGGGGCUCCCCGGUAGUACAUCAUCGUUGUGUACUUCACGGAUUCGAGCCCCGCGCGCAGUCGAGGACCUCCGCAGGAGGGAUUUCCAGAUUAUAUUAUUGAAUAUUGGGGUGUUUUUGGAUCUUGGAGAUUCUUGAAUUUUGCUGUUUUCAGUGAAUUUUGGCAAAUUCGCCAAUUUUUCGCAACGUUUUGCUGAAUUCUACAUGUACAUGUACAUUGUACGUGAUGAUUGUACAGAUAGUUUUCUGCUUUUGAGAGAGUUUUUAAUUUUUUUUUAAUUUUUCGGAUAGCACUUCCAAGCUCCACUGCAGCCACUUCAUCGAUGGUGUGUGUAGGGUUUUUCGGAUAGGAUUAUUUUUUAGACUUGAAUCUUGAUGCUCCAGAAUGAUAUCUUCUAUCUCAAUAAUACACAAUUUCUUGUGAAUAAUCUGGAAGGCCUUGUUAUA